ACCAGGAUGUCGGACAGCGAGUCUAUCAAGAAAAUGUUGCGGUCUGUACUCCAGUCAAGCAAGACUGGGGUACCCAUUAACACCCUCCAGUCAGAGUACCGGUCACUGUGCGGAGAGAACAUACCUCUGAAGAAGCUGGGCUACUCCAAAUUGGAGGAUUACCUAAAGAGCAUCCCUUCUGUAGUCCGCCUGGAGUUUCGCAUGGGUGAAAUGAAGUGUUUUGCUGCAGUAUGUAAAGAGACGGCUCACAUUGCUGAGCUCGUGGCCAAGCAGAAGAGUUCCAAGAAAUCUGGUCGCUCCCAAGUCGUCAACUGCAGGAUGAGAUUUAAACCCUCCAACCCUUACUUGCUCAACGUGAUGCCAAGGUCCUCUCUGCGCCAACCCUCUGCUCGUGGUGCCUCAAACCGGCCAGCAAGCCACCCUCGGUCCCAUGGUGGUUACAGAGGAUUCAGCGCCUCAGGAGAUUACAGGCAGUUGGACCAAAGAUUUAGCUUGGUCACACCUGUCGAGCACAGGCAACCACCUGCUCCGCAAGCUGUGAAAAGAUGCGUCUUCCCUGACAGGGAAGAGAAGAGCUUGGCAAACUAUCAGAAGCCUACAGAGGAGCCUCCUGAUAAAUUCUACAAACUCAACUGCUCCAAGUCUGGUGGGUACGACCAGAAGCUGGUGCAGGGCCGAAUAACUCGGUUACUGAAGAAGUUUUGCAGUGGACUCUGGAUGUCAAAAUUAUCAGGGAUCUACAGUGAAAUGUUCAAUGAGAAGCUCCACCCUCAGGUGCUCAUAGAUCUGGAAAAGUGGACAGACACUUGUAUGGUGGAGCAACCUUCCAGCACCAACCGGGCUGAUCGUCUGAUUUACCCUCCUCUUCCUCCCAAGCUCUCGACCGUCCCAAGAAACAGCACCCCUCCAAAAUCGGAAACAGAUUCAUGCACCAACACCACACUCAUUUCUUCACGUUUCUCAACACCCCAGCAACCUUCCUCCCCCCUCUCCUUUUCCCCUGCUCCUAAACCUACAGUCCCACCCACAAGCCCCUUAGCUAAGCCCACUUUCAUUUUUCCCCAGCAACCUGUUGCUUCCUCUCCAGGCAAGCUGUUGUCUCCAGUCUCAUUGCGCAGCCCUGCCCACAACCCAGCUCUUGCUCCACGGCUGGCCCCAUGUGUCAGUCUUGCACAUUCCAGUGGUGGAUUUAAAGAUAAUUAUUACUUGCCUACAACAACCAUCAACCAGAACCCUAACCCCUUAGCCCCUACCUGGACUUACCCUGCAGCAACCAGCCCUCCAGGAUUAGUUUCCUCCCUCCGAACUGACCCUGACAUUUUACCGCUUUUGAAGGUCACCUUCUCCCCUUCCUCCGACUCUGCCCCUUCUCCUCCCUCAAAAUCUUCUCCUGCCGCUGUGUCAAGUGAUGUGCGUCAAAGAAUAAAGGAGCUUCUGUUCAAAUACAAUCAUGGUCUGUGGGUCCACGCUCUGCCCAAACUCUUCAUGGACACAUACAAGACGCCUUUCCCUGAACAUGUUCUAGACAACAUAUCUCUUUUGCUGGAUAUAUGCAAUGUGGAGUACCCUUUGCCACAUGAUAAGAAGAAGGCCAUCCUGUAUAACUCCAGCAGAGAGGACUUGGAGGCCACAGACAGCCAAGGCAGCCAGCAGUGCAGGAGCCGUCCCCUUCCCUCCGGUCUUGAGGUUGUGAGCCCUGUGGUUCCCACCUAUCUUGUUCUUCCCUUGGAGCAGUACCCGUCUGUACUGAUCACUGACGCCAAAAGCAGCACCACUGUUACUAUACGGUAUGUAGGUGAGAACUAUUCCAAUGCCCAGGAAGCCAUGGAGGAAGCCAUGCGCUCCUUCUAUAGCCAAGGCUCUUCCCACAGUCCUCUGUCUAACCCUGUGGUUGGUCAGCUGGUAGCAGUCAGAGCAGAGGACGGAGAUGAGAUGGCAAGAGCUCAGUUCACGGAGUUCAGCACCCACGGCAAGGUCAAGGUAUACUAUGUGGACCAUGGCUUCUCUGUAGAGACCAAUAAAACCAAUCUGCUGGAGCUGCACCAGGACUUCCUCUCUCUGCCCUUCCAGGCUAUUAAUGUCAGGCUUGCAGGUCUAGAUGCACUCAGCUCCCAUCCAUCGGUGUUGUCCUGCUUGGACAAGUUGGCAGUUGGGAAGAUUUUGCUGAUGGAGACAUUAGACCCUUGUCAACAGAAUGAGACGCCUGUGGCAGUGCUGUACGACACCUCUCAGGAUGAUGACCUCAACAUCAACUCUGUCUGCCUCAAGGCUCUGCAGGAUGAGACCAUGAACAACCCUCUGACUGUAAACGUCACCUAUCAGGAAGUGUUUGUCACAAAUGUGUGUGCAGAUGGCAUCAUCUACUGCCAACUGCCCUCCAGAGGAACUGCAAGACUCAGCAAGUUACUGGAAGAAACUGAGGCCUUCUUCAUCUCGCAGAUGACGACUGAGUCUUUGGUUUCUCGACCCUUCAUUGGCAAGUUCUGUUUAGCCCGCUACAAAGGAAAAUGGUCCAGAGUGGAGAUCGCCAACCUGUACAGCAACAGAGUGGUAGAGAUCCUCUUCAUCGACUUGGGUGUCCCAGCAACUGUAGAAGUCACCGAGCUCCGAGAGAUCCCCCCUCUUCUACUUAAAGACUUCAUCAUCAUCCCACCACAGGCUAUCAAAUGUCGUCUGGCUGAUCUGACAGUUCCAGAGGGAGAUUGGUGUCCAGAGGCUGUGCUGUGGGUGAAAGAGGCUGUCCUGGGUGCUGAGGAUUGUAAAAUGAAGAUCUUGAGGUUAGACCAGCACAAAGGGGACCGACUGGUUCAUAUGUACCUGUUCAUUGGUGCUGACAGUCAGGAGCUGGACAAGAGCAUCAACCAUCAGCUGGUCCAGUCAGAGUUGUGGCAGAAGCUCACAGCACAGAACAAAAACAAUGGCGUGGAUACAGGUCUCAGUGCUUUAGUGGAGAAGCUGAGUCUGAGCAGCCCUGUCCCGAACCCGGCUGUCAAGGACUCAACUCGAGCAGAUGAAUCACCUGUCCAAGAUACACCCACCAAAACUGUGAAGCAGCCACUUCCUCUGCCUCCUCCACUGGAGCUUCCCCUGCCUGGUCAGAAUAUGGAUGUGUUUGUGCCUGCGGUCUGCCACCCUGGUUACUUUGUGCUGCAGCCGUGGCAGGACCUGCAUAAACUGGUGGUGUUGAUGGGGGAGAUGAUGCUCUACUAUAACCAGAAGACCAUCACAGUUACACAAAUUGAGAAAGGAAAGAUCUACGCUUCCAAAAUAGACAAGAACUGGCACCGUGUGCUGGUGAAGGGCGUUCUGGCCAAUGGGUUGAUUUCUGUCUAUGAGUUGGACCACGGCAAACAUGAGCUGGUCCGCAGUUCUCUCCUGCGGCCCCUGAUAGAGGAAUUCAGACAGCUGCCUUUCCAGGCUAUGACUGCACAGCUGGCGGGUGUGACGCAGCACCAGUGGUCAGAGGAGGCCUCCAUGUUGUUCAGAAACCACGUGGAGAAGCGAGCACUUGUAGCCCAGGUGGAGAGUGUGCAGGACAAGUCAGAGGUCAAAGGUGAGCUGUGGGAGCGCAAGCUGACAGUCUACCUGGUGGACACUGGAUUAGAGGACAGGGACCUCUGGAUUCACAGCAUCAUGGCAGACAUUGGCGGUGAGCUGUCCUCCGCUGCCUAG